AUUAUUUACUUUACCUUUCUCCUCUCACGCGCCCCAAAAAAAUCAAAAGGAGUUCAAACAGACUAGUGAACCUAAUUACAUUUCCAGAUUUCCUCAUCGUCUGAUUCAAAGGUGCGCAAAAAGACAGUUCCAAACCAAAUCACUCAACGACAAUGGAUGGACAUGAUUCAGAUGAUCCGAAGCAAAAUACCACUGAUAUGACUGUGUUCGUACAAAACCUUCUUCAGCAAAUGCAAACCAGGUUUCAAGCUAUGUCUGAGAGUAUUGUUACUAAGAUUGAUGAGAUGGGUAACCGUAUUGAUGAACUGGAGGAGAGCAUUAAGGACCUGAAAGCAGAAAUGGGACCUGAGGACUCUCCUUCGCCAGUGCCGUUAUCAAAAACUAGCCCAGAUGAGGACAAACCAGAGGAAGCUUCUGAUAUACCUACUGCAUGAAAUUAAACGAGAUGCUUACUUUCUGAUGGAUAUUCUUAGCCUCUUUCACGGUCAGAGAUCAACACUAAAUAGUCCUUUUUCAUGUGUGUUUUAGUGGGGAUUUCCUGUGCGUAGAUGAGUUGGGUUUUUUUUACAGAAUGUGUGAAGACUUGACGGUAAAUGACUUUGCAUACCUAUAAGGAGUUAGCAAUUCUUGAUAUCCCCUUAUGUAUGAUUACUGGAGUAUAUUUUGCGGGUACUAGCAGGCUCCUGUGAUUUGAUAACCUUUUUCACGGUCCUUUUUUUGUUAUGGUUAAGGCCUUGCCAAUUUCAUGGCCAUUAAUGUUUGUGAUGCUGGUGAAUCGAACUCCAUAGCUGUUGCCUGCAACUCUAAUGGAAUUGAUGGAAGUUAAUUGAA